AACCAAAAAAAAAAGGACCCAAAGGAAAAGCGUCUCUGGUACUGAUUAACCGAGUGAAAGAAAGGCAACGGUAUCUUCCAGUUCCACCAACAGUCAAGCUUCUUCUCUGUUUCUUUUGCUUUUUCUUGUUUGGAAACUUGAGUUCCUUUUUUUUUUCCCUUUAAGCUGAAGUUCUUCGACUUGGGAAUUGAGUAAUGGCAAGUCUGACUCCGAGUCAUUUCGUGCGAGUUCUGAUUCUUGUUAUGUUGUCUUCACCGUUGGAUCCUCCUUUGUUGGCUGUCGCAAAUAAGUUAUUCUUGUAGUGGUGCUUUAUGUGUUCGGAAGUGUUAUGCUUAUUUGAAAGUGUGAUCUCGCCGUUGGUUUGUUGGAAUCUCACCAGAUCUGAGUUGUCCCCGGUUAAAAUCAACGGCGUUGGAGAUGUCGGUUUUUGCUCUUUCAAAUCCCAGUGGAGCAUUGGGAAAUGUCUGUUCCUUUUUGGUGAAAGUUAUGGUUGUUCUGAGUUGUGCAAUUUCCGUCUCCAAUGCUGAUAUUACCAGAAAUUUACUCCAAUGGCCAGCACAAUCUCCAACCAGAGUGCCUGAGAGUGCACCAGCCGUUUCUGAUCGGCCCUUGCCUUUGAAUAGACCACACCAAAAACAUUUUUCACCACGUAGUGCACCAACCCUUGUAGCACCAGCCCAACCUCCUCUUUAUGGUCCAUUGAUAACUUCCAGUCACCCUCCGACCAGUUCACGUUUGUCAAAACCAUUGAUGAAGAGGAGUGCAUCAGUGCCUCCUGGUGCGGACUUGCCAAAUAUUGCCCCUACACAGAUCAGUCCUGGUACAAUUCCUGCUGGUUUAGCUCAACCACCAUUGUCUCCUGAAGUGUCCUAUUGUUGCAAACCAGAUUCAAUUUUGAAACAAGGGACUCAUGGCUGCCAUUGUGUAUAUCCCAUUAAGCUUGACCUUCUCCUUUUAAAUGUCUCACAAAAUUGGAAUGGUUUCCUACCCGAGUUAGCUGCUCAGCUUGAUCUGCUGCCUAAUCAAAUUGAGAUUAUCAAUUUUUAUGUCCCCAGUUUAUCAAGAUUAAAUAUCUCAAUGGAUAUUACUCCACACACAGGGAUCAGUUUCUCUGCCAGUGAAGCAUCUAAAAUAAAAUCUUUACUUGUGAUGCAUAGGGUUCUUUUUGACCCAAAUGUAGUUGGAGAUUACAAAAUCCUUAAUUUUACAUGGUUUGAGCCUCCAGUGCCUUCCCCAGCUCCAGUUGUGGUUUCAGAACCUGUAGAAGCGCCAGCACAUCAAUCCUCCUAUUCUACAUCACUCAGCCCUUCAAACAAGGGGAAACACUCGAAUUUGAUUCUUAUUUUUGGUAUUUCUGCUGGCAUACUGGUUUUUGCUAUAAUAUCUGUGCUUAUAAUUUGUUCGUGCACAUUCCGUGAGGGAAAGCCUAAAGCAUCUCUGAAGGAAUCUGUAAAGCCAAGAACUAUAGAUGCAGUUGCACGAGCAGGGUCUCUACCCCACCCAAGCAGUACACGGUUUUUACAGUAUGAAGAACUUAAAGAAGCAACAAACAACUUUGCACCUGCGAGCAUACUGGGGGAGGGUGGGUUUGGCAGAGUUUUCAAGGGUGUUUUAAGUGAUGGUACAGCUGUAGCGAUUAAAAGGCUUACCAGUGGAGGGGCCCAAGGAGAUAAAGAGUUUUUGGUUGAAGUUGAGAUGCUUAGCAGGUUGCAUCAUCGUAAUCUUGUGAAACUUGUAGGUUACUAUAGCAGUCGUGACUCUUCACAAAACCUACUUUGUUAUGAGCUUGUUCCAAAUGGAAGCUUAGAAGCCUGGCUCCAUGGCCCUUUGGGAGUAAAUUGUCCUCUGGACUGGGACACCAGAAUGAAGAUUGCACUUGAUGCUGCAAGAGGACUUGCAUACCUGCAUGAGGACUCACAACCAUGUGUUAUCCACAGAGAUUUCAAAGCGUCCAAUAUAUUACUUGAGAACAACUUUCAUGCUAAAGUUGCUGACUUUGGCCUUGCCAAACAAGCACCUGAAGGCAGAACAAAUUGCCUGUCUACUCGUGUAAUGGGCACGUUUGGGUAUGUAGCCCCUGAGUAUGCUAUGACUGGACAUCUACUGGUAAAAAGUGAUGUUUACAGCUAUGGAGUUGUACUUCUUGAGUUACUCACUGGAAGGACGCCUGUAGAUAUGUCACAACCAUCAGGGCAGGAGAACCUUGUCACUUGGGCGAGGCCAAUUCUGAGAGACAAAGACCGGCUGGAAGAGCUUGCUGAUCCAAGGCUUGGAGGGAAGUACCCGAAGGAAGAUUAUGUACGGGUUUGCACAAUUGCAGCUGCUUGUGUUGCUCCUGAGGCAAGUCAAAGGCCCACAAUGGGUGAAGUGGUUCAGUCAUUAAAAAUGGUGCAGCGUGUUACAGAAUAUCAGGAUUCAAUGCUAUCCAUUUCCAACAACCGUCCCAAUCAGAGACAGUCCUCCACUACUUUUGAGUCUGAUGAGACAUCUUCGAUGUUCUCUUCUGGUCCUUACUCUGGUCUAAGUGCCUUCGACAAUGACAACAUCUCGCGGACAGCAGUUUCUUCUGAAGAUCUUCAUGAAGGACGAUGAACGCUUUGAAGAGAGAUAUAAUCGACUGGAAGCGCAUCACAACCCAAUACAACAGUGCGAAAUUUUCUCAAUAGGAAGUGGUAAAUUUGAAAUAGGAUUUUCAAAGGUGUCAUAGAUUUUGUAAUUUGGAUAGAUUGGGAUGGGUGCUUCUUGUUGUCCCAAUUGUUGUACCACUGCUAAGUUUUCCCCCAUGCAGUGGUUGAUGUAAUUUUGUACAUAUGCCUUGUAGCUUGUUCAAUUGCAUUGGCUUUCGAUUUCGAGGGUUUAUAUUAAACUUUUCUUUAUGGCUUC